GAAAAAAAAAGAGAAAAUACAUGUCAUAGCGUGACGUGCCAUGUGCCAAAGAAGGAUAGGGAAAUCAUUCCGUUCCACCACCGCGAACCGACUGCUAGGGUUUUUUCUCCGCCACCUCCGGCUAUCUGCACCGACGCCGCCGCCGCCGCCGCCGCCUCGACCGUCUCUUCUUACUGUCUCUCGUCUUCCGUGCGCCUCUUUUUUUUUCUCGCUUGGAAUGUCGAAGUCAUGUAAAGGUCUGGCGAUGGAGCUCGUCAAGUGCCUCAGCGAGUCUGACUGCGUUAAGGUGGAUAAGCGAUCUUACAGGGAAUGUGCUGGGGAAAAGGCUCCUUCAAUAUCAAGUGAAUGCGUAGGACUUAGGGAGACAUACUUCAACUGCAAGAGGGGCCAGGUUGACAUGAGAACACGGAUACGUGGCAACAAAGGUUACUAGAUCGAACUCAUUAGACAUUACAUAAGCUAAAUGCCUGGUUUAUUGUUUUCUCCGGAUGUAGACUGCUGGAUGAGAAAACUAAACCAAUCCGCCAAUCUUUUUUGAUGAAGAUUUCUUUGGUUUUGUAAAGAAGUUUGUGUUUCUUCUAUUUAAACAGCUAAUGAAUUGCCAUAGCCAAAAAAUAAUAAUCUGUAUGAUUUUCACACACCAUCAUACAAAUGUGUCUUUGUUGUUUAGGUGCAGUUUAUGCAAUUAAAAACCUUGGAAA